UACGGUCACCCUGUUGUUAAACGCUUAGGCCCCCGCAGCUCAGGCUCACAAUAUUAUGGAUUUGUUUUGUCUGAAAGGUGUUUGUAGUUUGUAACCAUUAUUGAGUAUAACAUGAAUCGGAGGAAUAAAUUCUAUAGUAUUGACAGGCAAAGAGGGUUGGGCUUCAGUAAUGAACGGGCCACGAGAGAAGCGAUCAUUGGAAGCACAGACUUUAUGCAGAGAUUGAAGCUAGAGCACAAGCUGGAUAUUCACAGAGGAUGCGUGAAUACUAUCUGCUGGAAUGAUAGUGGCUAUAGAAUCCUAUCAGGUGCUGAUGACAAACAACUGUGCAUAUCUGAUCCAUACAAACGCAAGAAACUCACAAGCAUAGCAUCUGGCCAUCGAGCUAAUAUCUUCAGUGCUAAAUUCAUGCCGUGUUGCAAUGAUAGUCAGAUUGUUUCUUGCUCUGGGGACGGUCAGAUAGCAUUCAAUGAUGUGGAAAACACUGCACAUCACGGUGAACACAUGUUCAACUGCCAUUAUGGAACUGCUUAUGAGGUAGUGACUGUGCCUAAUGACCCAUACACUUUCCUGUCUUGUGGUGAAGACGGCACAGUCCGAUGGUUUGAUCUUCGUAUCAAGAAUAAAUGUAUGAAAGAAGAAUGUCGAGAGGAUGUAUUAAUCAACUGUCGUCGUCCUGUGACAUCACUUGCAAUCAAUCCCAUCAUGCCUUAUCAUCUUGGUGUUGGUUGCUCAGACAGCACUGUGCGUGUCUUUGAUCGCAGGAUGCUUGGAACACGAUCAACAGGUAACUACAGUGGUCGAGGCGUCCAAGGCAUGUUCUGCCGUUUCUGUCCUCCACAUCUUCAAAAUAAGUACAAUCGGCCGACAUCUCUCCAGUAUUCUACAGCUGGUAAUGAGAUACUAGUCAGUUACUCUUCAGAUUACAUCUACCUGUUUGCUACGGAUACUUUCAAGAAGCAGACAGUAUAUGAACAUCAUGAAGGGUUAACCGAGAUGGGUCUUGAGGCAUCAGGAGGCUCAGCCAUGGCUGAUGUUGAUGAGAAUCCUGUGGUCAAUCCAAUCAAGAGGUUACGUCUCCGUGGUGACUGGUCUGAUACUGGACCUAAAGCAAGGCCAAGAGGUGAACAAGCAGAGUCCCAACCACGUCUUACCAUCAUCCAACGUAUGUCUGAGAUGCUAACACGUUGGUUAGAUGAUUCCACAUCUUCUCAUGCUAGACGUACAGCCUCCGCUGCAACAUCAGCUGAAACCACUAGUUCUCAAGAACAACCAUCAAGUGAUGCAGCUGGACCAUCUACAGCACAGCAAGCUACUUCCCGCUUCAGCUCUCUCCAGAGAACCUCCACUGAACAAGCAGCAAGUGCAGCUAUCCAACAACGACUUAAAGAUGCAAUGACGUCCCGAAUCAAAGCAAACAAACAAAGUACUGCAGCUGAUGAGGCGUCAACAAGUAGCACAAACCAAAGACAUGAUGAUGAAGUCUCAACAUUAGAACUUCCAUCCAUACAUGACACAGCUUCCAAGGACUCAGAUCAGAGAGGUGCACAGAGGAACCAAUCUGAAAGUUGCGAUACAUCAGAAGGACCAGAUAACCACGUCUCAAAAGUGAGUGAAACUCAGAAGUUGCAUCGUGAAGGUAGUGAAAUGGUUGAAGCAGUAUCAGUGGAAGGUAUCAGUGCAAUAUCAAGCAGUGUGCAAUCAUGUAUGCAGAUAACACCUAGAGACAAUAGAGCUGAUGACAGUAAUAAACCAUCAGCAUCUGAGGGUCAUGGUAAAGAUACUGAAGACAAAAUGUGUAGCAAUAGCAUACAGCAGAAUGAGACUGAUGACAACACCAAGACUGACUCCAAGAAAAGAAAGAGAAGUCCAAAUAGCUCAGCAUCUUCAAGUAGUCUGACCGACGAUCCUGCCUUGGACAAAGAUCAUCAAGACACGUCUGGGAAGUCACGUAGUAAGAGGAACAGCAAGAACCAGAGAAAGCUGACGAGGGAAGGAUCAUCAGGCGAUGAGUCAAGCUCGAGUGAUUCAGAGUCAGACAAAAUCCCUAAGAAAACACUGGGUAGCAACAAUGAUGACUUGAAUCCAAUCCCAUCAAGAGCUGCUGAACCUGAUAGCUCAAGACCACUCACAAAAGACGUGCCUGCAAAUAGAGACUCGCGGUUAAGCAGCAGUACUGAAAAUCUUUCAAAAGUGGAUGAGGGUCCAACACAAUCACAGUUAACGACACAGGAGGGAGAAGUACCGAUGGAGUUGGAAACGGCCCCACAAUCACCCAAGACUUUAGAAGGUUCUAGUCACACAUCACUCCAAAGCAGUCCUAUGGAGACCAGCAUGCCGGCUGAAGUAGUAAUCCAUCAAGGGAAUGGGAACUUGAGACAAGUCAAACCUGAUGAGCAGAGUCAUGGUCAAGGAAACCAGUCUUCAAUAUUUGCCCUGCGAGACAGAAUGGAAGAUACCAAUCCUCAGGAACGAAGAACUGGUCAGUAUAGUGUUAUAAGUCAAAAACAACGUCGUAUUAGUGUGAGCGGUCCUGCUGGUACUCCACCACCUAGCAGUGAGGUACCUAGUACAUCAAGCCAAGGUACAGAGAGACUGAUGGGUGCAACAGCAUCUAAUGUGGCUUCAGGGGAUAUUUCUCCUGAGAGUCCAUCUAUUACAUGUAGUGAGAGUGAUAGUGAUGAGGAUCUCAUCCUGAGGCCACCCCGACUGCGCAGAAGACGUCGACGUCAUGAAAGCAAUGAUGAUACCAGACGGCCUCGCCCACCCAGUGUGACAGAGUCCAGAUUACGUGAGUUAUUCCUAGCACGUAGAGAAGCACGAGAAAAAGGAGAGGCACGCGAAAAAGGGGAGAUGCAGCAUAGUAAUGUUGUCAUGCCAGAAGUCAAGAUGGUGUAUAAAGGUCAUCGCAAUUCAAGAACAAUGAUUAAACAAGCCAACUUCUGGGGUAGUAAUUUUGUGCUGAGUGGAUCAGAUUGUGGUCAUGUCUUCAUUUGGAAUCGACACACUGCUGAGCUUGUCAUGCUGCUAGAGGGCGAUAGACACGUAGUCAAUUGUGUCCAGCCACAUCCAUUUGAUCAUUUGUUAGCUACAAGUGGUAUUGACUAUGAUGUCAAGCUAUGGUCUCCAUCAGCAGAGGUGCCUAGUGUACCUGAAGAGGCUACUGAGGUGAUGAGAAUCAAUGAAUUAAUGCUUGAUGAGACAAGGGAUACUAUCACAGUGCCACCAUCGUUCAUGUUGCGUAUGCUAGCGUCCCUCAAUCAUCUCCGAGAAGAGCGUCGACGUUCACGAGAAUCCCCAUCUAGUGGCAACAGUACAGAUGAUGAGGGCUGAGUUGUCUGAUGGAUGCUGGCUGUAUCAUCUACCAUCUUGUGUGCUAACAUGGGAUACCCAGCUUGAGCCAUCCAAGUUUGCAACUGGGGCUGUUUACCACAGUGUGGGCCACAGUGAUCAUUCCUGUGCAAGGACAGGAUCUGUUUGGAAACUUGUUCGUGAAAAAAUGCAAGUACUAGAAGUGGUAAUGGUCCAUCAUGUAACAAUACACCCACAAUGUGAUAUGAACCUGAAAUGUAAUCAUUUGGGUCUGUAAUGUAACAAGCCACAUGCACAGAUCCUGCAAGUUACAGAAAGGUCUUUCAAAGAUGUAUUGUCUGUACUUUUCUUCGAAUUUCACACUGAAAAAUAGGGGUUUUUUUUUUAUUGUUAUAUUCGAGCAUUAAACAAAUUGUUCACCUAUGCAUGAGACAUUGAAUGAAAAAAAUCAGUCCAUGAUUUGUUUUGGAAUAAUUACUUGGCAAAAUUCAAGUUAUUUGCCGCCAAACAUAAUUCAGUUCUUGCAGGACAAAGUGGUUUCCAACUUACUAUCAAGGAUGAAUGUACAAACUAAAAUUGGUCUGCUCACUGGGCAGAUCUAUUGGUUUGCCAGAGCAACCCUAAAUUAAAGCCCUUUUCAAAGGGUUGCAGACGCCCAAAAAGAAAAGACAUGGGGGGGGUGGGGGUUAAUAUAAAACAUAAAAGUUGAGAAUUCGUUUGAAGAAAAAAAAUCGAAUUUGUUGAAUAUCACGGCCCACAUGGGCUACAACAGCAAAAGAAUUCAUUAUAGAGUUGGAUGAGAUUGUCUGAAUCACUGUGGUGUGUUGUUAUAGAGUAAGUACUAAUGAAACAAUCUUGGAACAUUAUUUAGAAUGUUGAUAACCUUCAUGUAAGUUAACUAAAACGUCUUUUAAUGAUAUUCCUAAUGGUAAGGUAUGCAAGAUUCGGAAGUUUAUUUCACAUUUUCGGGAAUACUUUGCAACAUGCUGUGCAAUAUAAACUUGGCAUUACAUAAGUAUUGGUGCUUUGCAGAAAGUGUUUGUUAAUAAAAGCAGUUGUGCUUUGCUAUUGUACAAUUUAUGCAUAUUUCACUUUUAAGAAUUAAAGCACUUUUCUGAAAACUAGUCAGCAUGAAAAGUAAGACAGAUGUAUUUCUUACAGGAGAAAGUUCAUGAUAACUUGUCUGAAUUAUCAGCGUGAUUGUCUCCAGCUAAGCAAACUGUAAUGUUCAGUAACCUUUGCUCAUCCCCACAACCCUUUUCAAGGGACCGCUAUAAAUCCCUUUAACAAAAUCUUGUGAAAGCCACAGUUGAAAGUCAAUUGUCAUUACAUAUUCUGUAGGUAUGUUUUAAUAUGUGCACAUGGAAGUAAUGGCUCCGGGUGACUGGAUACGUAUACAACCCAUGCAAUGACAGCUUAGAGACAUUACAGGUCACCAGAACCAGCGGAUACAGUAGCCCUAUCAUUCACAUGUUAUCUAUUAAUUAAUAUGGAAAGAACGUUGCAACCUGACGCUACUUCAGCGGUUGUGUACAAAGUCUACGGAGAGUCAAGACAAUUUUCUAAGUAUUUCCUGUCAAAAUUGGAAAUGUUUCUCGGUCCCAGAUUCAUAUCUUAUCGUCAUUUUUGCAAUGACUGACCUUCAUUGAGAUGACAUAUGAAGAAAAAAAGCAGCGUCAGGUUGCAACAUUCUUUCCAUGAAUAUUUGACUUUUCCGUAAGUUCAGAACCUCCCAGUUUUUAGAAGUUAAGUAGAAGUUGAAUUAGCGUAUAUGUUUACAUUCCCUGAUUCCUCUAGGUAGGAAGUUUUCUUCAGGCUAAUCAAAGUCACAAUUCUUAGUUCAUAUCUUUAUUGUGUAUUUGUGAAGUGCACAUAAUUAUUCACAAAUAUUGAAGCUCAAGAUGCAACAACAUCAUUUAAUUAUGUAGGUGUAAUUUUAGUAAACAUUUAAUCAUAAAAACAACAUACAGAGUGUGUUGAUGAACGAAAUACAUGUAUUACUAGUUGCUACAGUUUUGUAUAUACAAAUUGUAAUAUAAUGGCAUAAUAAUGUUUUGUAAUAUCGACCGAAAUUGAAAAGUCUAGUAGGCCUAAUAUCAACAUAAAAGUGCGAUAUUUUGCUUACUUAUUUAAAAAUUCACCUCAAACGUAAUGAUGGUUGAUCUCUAACAAUAACCAACGUAUUAAGUUUUAUUCAUUGCAAAUUUGAUGUAAAGUACUUGAAUUUUGUUAUUCAACAUCGUUGGGUUAAAGGUAUACAUUCAACAAGUGACCGCCGAAAUUAGUGCUUUUAAUUGUUUAGGCCUACUUGCCUUGUUUUAAAGUUCUGGAUAUACACAAAUAUCAAAAAAUGUCUGACCUACGGAGAAAAUAUUGGAAACUUCGUUUGUUUACAUCUAACUGGUAACGUCUACUAUAUCCAGCAGUGAGUAAAACCAUCCAAGUUUGAACCAAACUGUCAGAAUGACGCCGCAUAACAUGCUGUGUUAUAUACAGUCUAGAAUGGCCUGGUGUCUAUUCCAUACCGUUUACUUCAUACACUGCGUUGCAUAUAAAUAACCUCAUAACCAUAUACCGGUACAUACCACUACGUAACGAGCAUAAAAACUUUCAUAAAUACAGCGCGUUGAAUAAUAGCGCGCGCGUGAAUGGUACUUCACUUGUGUAGGAUUAUGGCCCGCGCGCCUCGCAGCAGAAAACUGCUAUCUCUCUCAAUCUCUAAGCUGGCAGGACAGCUCACAGCAAUCAAAACGUGACAGUGACGCUACAGUGAUUUAAUUUAUUUCUUGAGUGAGUUAAAAACAUGUAUCUUGCUAAUUGCCACGAUAUAACAAAACACUUGUUGACUGCUGUGAUAUGGAAUAUGUCGUUUUUGACCCCCUCGGAGCAAAUUUGCCGAGGGUGCUAUAUUAUGUGCGCCUCGGGUGUUUAAAAAAGUAUUCCACAUGACAGCAGUCAACAAUUGUUAUAUUUUACAGUAACAUGUAGCAAUCUUUCUAACUAAUAUAGUUCGCCAAAAAGUGCACAUUUGGGAAGAAAGUGUCCCUUUAGAGUUGCGUUCCCGUGCUCUUCAACAAAUUUCUAUUAAUAAAUUCAACUUGAUUUUUGAUUCAGACGGAAAAAAACCUCUUUUUCCCAUUUUUUUUAAUGUCUGCAACCUAAUGUCUGCAAACCUCCGAAAAAAGAGAGAGCGAGAACGGAAUUAUUGUCUGGCAGCCAAGAAAUCGAAAUUAAUAAUCGAAAAGUAAUAAUUCAAUAACUUAACUGGACCGAUUUUUUUCGGUCGAUAUUUCAUUCAAAAGUGAAUAACUUUUGUUUUGGCUGAAUGAAACUCGAAAAUAGCACGGGAAAUACAUUUUCUUUAAGUGGAUAAUUUCAAUAUUAAAAAUGAACCGAUAAAAUUCAUCUUAUUUGCAGUGUAGCCUAAAUCACGAUAGAAUUGUAAUUCGUCCUAGUUUUUGUAUAAAAAUUAUGUUUCAUGUUGAGAUCAGUGCUGUAAAAGCUCUUUGAAUGAACAUUGUUGUCGAGAUGUUCAACUAAUGAAAUGAGCCAGCUAGUUGAAAUUGGACGGGAAACCCUAUUAUACGUGAUCACGUUAGAUGUUUAAUGAAUGUGUGAAGUGAUCAUCAACAACUGUAACAGCACAGGAAAUGGUUAAAUUGUUAUAAUUCCGAUGCUGUUUGUAGGUAAAUCAGUUGUCAUAUGUAAUUACGUGGAUUGUUAUACAUUAAACAAUAAUGCAAUAACAA